CUCAGAGGCUCGCCUCCAGUUUCAAAAUGGCGGCCGCCAUCUGGGGGCUUCUGCUGGCUGGUCGUCACGGGUGGUGUUGAGCGAGUAUCAGCUUGUCUCGCUCUUGAACCUGGAUUCGACUAGGGGUUGGGAAGGGCAGUGGACGGCGUUGGGGGAGGACUGACGAGAUUUAUAAAGAACUCUUCCCUUGAAUUCAUGGUGUCUCACCCUAUGUACAACUGAGAUAUCAACUUUCUGGAUUGUUAUUGGACCAAAAUGACAUCUAUUAUCAAAUUAACUACCCUCUCUGGGGUUCAAGAAGAGUCUGCUCUUUGCUAUCUUCUGCAAGUUGAUGAGUUUAGAUUUCUGUUGGACUGUGGCUGGGAUGAGCAUUUUUCUAUGGAUAUUAUAGAUUCCCUGAGGAAGCAUGUUCACCAAAUUGAUGCAGUACUUUUGUCCCACCCUGAUCCUCUUCAUCUCGGUGCCCUCCCCUACGCAGUCGGGAAGCUGGGUCUGAACUGUGCCAUCUAUGCGACCAUUCCUGUUUAUAAAAUGGGACAGAUGUUCAUGUAUGAUCUUUACCAGUCUCGACACAAUACGGAAGACUUUACCCUCUUUACGUUAGAUGAUGUGGAUGCAGCCUUUGAUAAAAUACAGCAGUUAAAAUUCUCUCAGAUUGUGAAUUUGAAAGGUAAAGGACAUGGCUUGUCUAUCACUCCUCUGCCAGCUGGUCAUAUGAUAGGUGGAACAAUAUGGAAAAUAGUCAAAGAUGGAGAAGAAGAAAUUGUCUACGCAGUUGACUUUAACCACAAGAGGGAGAUUCAUUUAAAUGGAUGUUCCUUGGAAAUGCUAAGCAGACCUUCCCUGCUUAUCACAGAUUCCUUUAACGCCACGUAUGUGCAGCCUAGGAGAAAACAGAGAGAUGAGCAACUUCUGACAAAUGUCCUGGAAACACUUCGAGGUGAUGGAAAUGUAUUAAUAGCAGUGGACACUGCAGGCAGAGUUUUGGAACUUGCUCAACUCCUUGAUCAAAUCUGGAGAACUAAAGAUGCGGGCCUGGGUGUCUACUCGCUGGCACUCCUGAAUAAUGUCAGCUAUAAUGUGGUGGAGUUUUCCAAGUCCCAGGUAGAAUGGAUGAGUGACAAAUUGAUGAGAUGUUUUGAAGACAAAAGAAAUAAUCCAUUUCAGUUUCGCCAUCUCUCUUUAUGUCACGGUCUUUCUGACUUGGCUCGGGUACCUAGCCCCAAAGUGGUACUCGCCAGCCAGCCUGACCUGGAAUGCGGAUUUUCAAGGGAUCUCUUCAUUCAGUGGUGUCAGGACCCUAAAAACUCAAUCAUUCUAACUUACAGAACUACUCCUGGGACUUUAGCCCGUUUCUUAAUUGAUAACCCUUCCGAAAAAAUUACAGAAAUAGAGUUGAGGAAACGUGUGAAGCUUGAAGGGAAAGAACUAGAAGAAUACUUAGAAAAAGAGAAACUAAAGAAAGAAGCGGCGAAAAAACUAGAGCAGUCAAAAGAGGCAGACAUAGAUUCCAGUGAUGAGAGUGAUGUUGAGGAAGACAUUGAUCAGCCAUCGGCUCACAAGACUAAACAUGACCUGAUGAUGAAAGGUGAAGGUAGUCGUAAAGGAAGUUUCUUCAAACAGGCUAAAAAGUCUUACCCUAUGUUUCCUGCCCCGGAAGAAAGAAUUAAAUGGGAUGAAUAUGGAGAAAUUAUCAAACCAGAGGAUUUCUUAGUGCCAGAACUUCAAGCGACUGAAGAAGAGAAAAGCAAAUUAGAAUCUGGCUUGACAAACGGAGAUGAACCCAUGGAUCAGGAUUUAUCUGAUGUUCCUACCAAGUGUAUUUCUACGACAGAGUCUAUCGAAAUAAAAGCCAGGGUUACUUACAUAGAUUAUGAAGGACGCUCUGAUGGAGAUUCCAUUAAAAAGAUUAUUAAUCAGAUGAAACCACGACAGCUGAUCAUUGUCCAUGGACCACCAGAGGCUAGUCAGGAUCUCGCAGAGUGCUGUCGUGCAUUCGGUGGGAAAGAUAUUAAAGUGUACAUGCCAAAGCUACACGAAACAGUUGAUGCCACUAGUGAAACUCACAUCUACCAGGUGAGAUUGAAAGAUUCACUUGUCAGCUCCCUUCAGUUUUGUAAGGCAAAAGAUGCCGAAUUAGCUUGGAUAGAUGGUGUCUUGGAUAUGAGAGUUUCCAAAGUGGACACAGGAGUUAUUUUAGAAGAAGGAGAACUGAAGGAUGAUGGAGAGGACUCAGAAAUGCAAGUGGACGCUCCUUCGGAUUCUAGCGUUAUAGCACAACAGAAGGCCAUGAAGAGUCUGUUCGGGGAUGAUGAGAAAGAGACAGGUGAAGAGAGUGAGAUCAUUCCGACCUUGGAACCCUUACCCCCAAAUGAGGUUCCUGGACAUCAGUCAGUUUUUAUGAACGAACCAAGACUGUCAGACUUCAAGCAAGUUCUUUUACGGGAGGGGAUUCAAGCUGAAUUUGUAGGAGGUGUACUUGUUUGCAACAACCAAGUAGCAGUCCGUAGAACGGAAACUGGACGCAUUGGAUUAGAAGGCUGCCUUUGUCAAGAUUUUUAUAGGAUAAGAGACCUUUUAUAUGAACAGUAUGCCAUUGUGUAAAGGACAUGAUGUCAAGAAGUAUCUGUUUGACCUUUCUAAGAAAAAGCAUUCUUAUUCUAAGCUUUUCCUUUUUUGUUUUGUAACAUACAAAAAGAAUUGCCAGAAAAAUUUAACAUGCAUUAGUUUUUUUAAAAAAGUGUAAAUACAGUCCAUUUUGCUAAUGUUCAAGUGAGCAUUCUACCUUUUGGCUUUCAGAGUGAUAGAGAUCCUAACAAGUGUGCAGGCCAGAGAAUUGAGGGUGAUUGGUUUCCUCUACAGACCCCUUAUUCUAGAAGGGCUUUUUACUUGAAUAAAACAAUGCAACUUAGCAAACCAGCUCAUGGCCUUAGAGAAACAUGUUUGCAUAUUGUGAGUUCUUGCAAACGGUUUCUUAUAUUUUCUGGAAUGAAAAGUGAGAAUUAUUUAGAAAAGAUGUGCUAUAUUAAAAAAAACAAAACAAAACUGGUGAAACGGUUUUUUGAGGCCUAUGUGUUUAAAAAACAAAAAACAGUUUGUUGUUCUAACUGUUCUUUGGACUCUGAUAAGCAGUUGUCUUCUCCUUACCCUACCUGUAUUUCCCAGCUAUUCAGUCUACUGGAAGGUGGUGCACGUUUGAUUCAGAGAUCAAUUUUUAUUUCUCCCAUUUUUUGUUUUAUCAAGGUGUUGUUCAGUUAGAACUACACCACCACCCUUUGAAUACACAUAAUACAAAAGAACUCCUUGCCAUGUUACAGUCUUAAGGAUUCUCUAUGCAUUUUAGCUCUCAGCUAGGUUACUUAUCAGAGACCCCUCAGUGCUCUGUUUUUAAGGAAACAGAUGUUGAACAUCGUUUUAUAAGGUAAUAGCAUAAUUUAAUCAAAAUAUAUAAAUGUUUCAUCUCUUAGGCUUGCUCCCUCCUAAGGUUACUGAAGCAGUGGAUAGAUUUUAUACACCUAAAUACAAAAAUAAUACUGAAGUUGAUUAAGGUCAUCCUUUCUGUGUUCCUGUCUUUCUUGGGGCUGGCAUCCCUGGUACAGGAUAAGCCACUUGUGUUUAAGAGUAAAAACUGAACAUAUGCAAUUUUCAUUGAACCUAAAAAUGAAAAUCAUGUUACCCUCUUGUCAUCUGAUGCUUUUUCAUGUGUAGCUUGAUUGUGGCCGUCCUUGAUCUUUAUUUCUUAAGUAUUUAAGCCCUCUUCCACAUACUUAGCAUCUUUAGAAGGAUCAUUCCUGUUUAACUUAUAUGGAUCUAUGUAUAGUAUAGUACUACCCAAUGAUAUCAGACUGGGAUUAAUAUUUUAUUUCAAAGCUGAUGGAGAGUUCAUUAUGGAUUAUAGUGCUAACACAAAGUUACAGUCUUCUGAUACCAAAAAUCAGAAUGCAAAACAACAUUACAGAAGGUGACGAUAAAGAGUAUUUUCUUUUUUUUUUUUUUUUUUUUUUUGGAGAGCUUUGAAAAAAUUUCACAUCAAUUCUUGUUACUGAAGAGAGUAAGCCUGGAAUCCUAUUUAUAUUCCAGGGGAAAGAAAGUCUGCAUUUGUUACAUGGCUUGAAGCAUCUGGUUAUACAUAUUAUAUUGCAAUACUGAUACUGAAAAAUUGUUGCUCACUUAGCCUUUUUAUUGUCUUAUGAAGAAGGAAUUAAAUUUCAAAGUACUCCUUGAAGAUGGCUGUGUGAAUGUCACUGCAAGAGCAAUACUUUGACCUGUUUCUUGAUGACAGAAUUGCUAAAAUUUCAAAAGGAAGACAUUUGUUUAGCUUUAGUCACUUAAGAAAAAUAUAAAUUCAAAAAAUAAAUCAUGAACUCAGAGGAACUUUCAGAUUUUGUUUAGAGGCAAAUUAAAUACAAGUGGACGAUCAACUGAUAUGUAUAAAUAAUUUGGUUAAAAAGAAAUUUUAUUAUAGUAUUUGUUUUAAUGGAUUAUAAAUGUCAAGUAUCAUUGCAAAUGUUUCUGUUUUCAUGAACCAGUAGGUGGUCUGAAAUAGAAGUGAGGAAAUCAAUUUUCUAAGGAGGGCUUUUUAUAAAAAAAUUGAAAUUCACAUACCAUAAAGUUCAUUAUUUUAAAGUAUAUAAUUCAUUGGGUUUAGUAUAUGCAGAGUUGUGCAACCCUUACCACUCUAAUUCCAGCACUUUUUCAUCCUCCCCAAAAGGAACUCUUUACCCAUUAGCAGUCACUUCCCAUUUUUCCUUCAUUUCAGCCCCACGCAACCGUCGGUUUAUUUUCUGUCUGUAUGGAUUUGCCUGUUCUGAAUAUUUCAUAAAAAUGGAAUCAUACAAUA